CUAGAGAGAGAAGGAAGACGCCAGGAGAGGGAGAGGGAGAGAGAGAGAGAGAGAGAGAGAGAGAGAGAGAGGAAGCGAACUCGAGCAAGGUUUUAGGGAGGCCGCCGACGGCUAUGGCGGCGCGGCUGCUACGGAGAACGCUGCGAGCAACCGAGGUAGCACCUCGAUUUCUAUCUCAUGGUGUGGUACAGCGAGCUGCAUACACCUCUGGAGGAAUAGUCGAUAUUGGACAACCGACGCCCCAGUCACACCCUGAGUUAUUAGCUGAUGGAGAGAUCACACCAGGCAUCACAAAUGAGGAGUACAUCUCUAGAAGAAAAAAGCUUUUGGAGGUGCUGCCAGAAAAGAGCUUGGCCAUUAUUGCCUCUGCUGAUCAGCAGAUGAUGACCGAUGUUGUGCCAUAUCCAUUCAGACAGAAUGGUGAUUACCUGUACAUUACUGGCUGUACGCAACCUGGUGGCAUAGCAGUUUUGAGUGAAGAAACCGGACUAUGCAUGUUCAUGCCUGAUAAAAAUAAGGAGGAUGUAGUUUGGCAAGGUCAAACUGCUGGAGUUGAGGCAGCUGUGGAAUUCUUUAAAGCGGAUAAAGCAUUUCCACUUAGUCAGAUGCAAAAGAUCCUUCCUGAAAUGAUCGAGCGGUCAAAGGGGGUAUAUCACAAUGUGAAGGCAUCGUCAUCUUCUUACAAGAACUUGGAUGCCUUCCGUCGGGCAUCACUCAACAAUAAAGUAAAAGAUCUUGCAUGUUACACCGAUGAAUUACGGUGGAUCAAGUCAAAAUCUGAAAUUAAGUUGAUGAGGGAAUCGGCAUCUAUUGUUUCUCAGUCACUUCUACAAACAAUGUUGCUAUCGAGGACCCACAGGGAGGAAAACCAGCUGGCAGCUAAGAUUGAAUAUGAGUGCAAAAUGAGAGGUGCCCAAAGAAUGGCGUUCCAUCCUGUAGUUGGUGGAGGUGCGAAUGGCAGCGUUAUACACUACUCAAGAAACGAUAGAAAAAUCAAAGCAGGUGAUCUUCUGCUCAUGGAUGUUGGCUGUGAGUAUCAUGGCUACCUUAGCGACCUGACUCGAACAUGGCCACCCUGUGGCAGGUUUUCACCUGCUCAGGAAGAGCUGUACAGCCUAAUACUGGAGACGAAUAAGGAGUGCAUAAAGCUCUGUAAACCAGGUGCCAGCAUAAACGAGAUACACAAUCAUUCAGUGAAGAUGCUGAUAAAGGGAUUCCAGGAGCUGGGGGUCCUGGAGAAGGGGAAAUCCAUCCAAUACAACUACCUGAACCCGACCGCGAUAGGUCACUCGUUAGGCAUGGACAUUCAUGACUCGGUGACACUCCCCAAGGACAAGCCCUUGGAGCCCGGCGUGGUGAUCACGAUCGAGCCCGGGGUGUACAUCCCGCCGUCCCCGGUACUGAACGAGCGCGCGCCGGGGAGGUUCCGCGGCGUCGGGAUCCGCAUCGAGGACGAGGUCCUCGUCACCGAGGACGGCCACGAGGUGCUGACGGCGUCGGUGCCCAAGGAGAUCCCGCACCUGACCACCCUGAUGAGCAUGGGCGUGGAGGCGGCGGCGGACGGCCAUGAACUGCGCGCAGCAUGGAGCUGAUCGGUCGAGGCGGCGCGUCGGCGACGGGAGCGCCCAUACUGCCGGGAUCGCAGCCGCAGCCGCAGCCGCGGCACGUUGGCAUUCAUUGGCGCCGAAGCUCGGCCAUGCUUAGCCCUGCUAAUGGGUUGGAACUCGCACCAUAUUCAACCCCACCCAAAAUUAAUAUAUUUAGAUACACAACUCCACCCAACCCAAUUAGUUAAUUUCUCAACUCUAACCAACCCGCCCCAUUAUAAGCGGGUAACCCAUAAAAACUCAUGGGUUCUACUAUGUAGAGGAAUUUAGUGGUUCUACACUUAAUGUGGGGACCACAUAUAUGUCUAGCCACACUACUUUACACAGAGUAUCUGUCAGUCA